UACUCUUCAUCAGCAUCAGUUUCAGAGUCUUCUCAUUUACGAAAGCAUCGAGAACAUGAGGUUCGCUAUUUUUGUGUUGAUUGUUGUGUUCGCCAUUUUGGCAAGUGUUCAGUCGGCGGGUCCAAAACCACCCAGACCACCACCGGUCAAACCGAUUCGUCCCAAUCCCCCGGUGCAACCUGUAAGACCUCAUCCGCGUCUACGACGAGCAGCUGAACCAGAGCCCAACCGACCAAGACCCCAGCAAGUGCCUCCACGUCCACCACAUCCCAGACUUUAAAUGAGACUUUAAAACAGAGUGCAAUUCCGGAGUCGAAUAAUGGGCAAUCAAAUAAUAAAAAAUGUAUAAAUGCGCAGGUGAAAUAAUUAGAAUCUACACCGAAUAAAAAA